CACACUCAGGCCUCCUUGUAUGAAUAUGCCUGUUUUUAAAAUGUGCAAAUGCCCUCGAGGAUGUCUCAACAUAGUCUUCCGUGGCAUAAAAUGCAGGAGUUCCUUGGCAGACAAGUUGUUCUGGAAAGGUAGGAGAUGCUUUCUCCAUUCACCUUUAGGCGCAUUUCAGCUGCAACCAUUGUCUCUUCCGUGGUGUCUGAAGUCAACCUCAGUUGCACAGCAGGAUUGUGCCGAUUCUUCAUCAGGGGCAGAGAGCUCAAGGGGACCCAAACAAUCAAUAGAUAAUCUGUAUUCUCCCGAGCAGAAAUCUGCUGUUCUGCAGCUGCUCAAUGUGGCCACUGUGGAAGAGCUUUCUGCUGUGAGACUCAUGCAAGGAAGAAAGUCUGUCAAUGUAAUAGAGUACAGAAAUAAACAUGGGCCAUUUAAAGAUUUACAGAGUUUGCUGGCAGUACCCCUGUUUCAAUAUAAAACAGCCGUUAAAGUGUGUGACUUUAUUCUUAAUCCCUUUGCAAAAGACACAAGGAAAGAGAGGAAAACGCACAAUGCUCCCUCCAUAAUGAAAUUUAUCAAGCCAGAAAUAGAAAGCGAGAAGUUGAAGACUGCCGACAGCAUUGUGUCUGUUGUUUUCAGCACACGGAGGAUCGCAUGGGCUCAUGUUAACAGCCGGUUAAGUAUUCAGGACUGGCAGCAGCAGGAGUGCCCAGUAUUUAUGAAAGGGGCCUACAUGCCAUCCGUUUAUCUGGAAGAGAUUUCUUCUGUAGUAUCCAGACUUCCUGAAGCAGAUUUUUACGUUUUGGAAAAAAAUGGACUCUCUGCCUUGAAUGCAAGUCUGUUCCCAGUGACGUUACAUCUUCGUACAGUGGAAGCUAUGCUCUAUGCACUGUUACAUAAAACAUUUGCGCAGGAGAACCAGCACAAAGUAUUAAGUAUGGCCCGAAUUUCUGUAGGAAAAUACUUUGGGCUGAUGGUCGGAGACUCACGGGCUAGUGGAAUAGAUCUUGUAAAACAGCUUCUCUUAGAAUCCGUUACGCUAGCUAAGCCUCGUGUGCAUUUUCCAAGAGACAGAGUGGUCAGUUACCAGAACUGGUUCUCCACAAACAAGCCAAGGCGAGAUGAGGAACUGUGUGAUUCAUUGCUGCAAGCAGUAGCUUUUUAUGAGCUUUUAACACUGGACGACAACACUUAAAUCUUACUGGGUUCUGUUAAUCAACUUCUCUUGCAGCUAUGUUUGGUUUACAGUGUCCACAGUAAUUUGUCAAUGUACCUGGUAAUUUCUUAGCUUCUCUACUGUGUGGGGCUAGAUUAUCUGUGCCUCAGCAAGCAUUCACUUUUAUCAGUGGUGAAGCCCUGAUCAUACUAGAAAAGAAAGCUGAUACACAAGUUACCAAUUGCAAAGUAAAAAUCUGGUCACACCAUAUGGAUAUGGCUAGACUAGAGAGUUAUGUGAAAAGCAAAUGCAAGGUUUGCCAAUGCGAGUAAUAUAGCAGUUGUACGUAAAUUCAUUUAGAAGUGGUGUUUGAGCCUGCAGAGUUAAAGAACCCUUAGAUAAUUAAGAUAGUAACACUGCGAGUGAAUAAUAUAAAAUGUGAAGAAAUGUGUCAAAUUUGUUAGAAAUAUUCAUGUUGCAGUUGCCUGAAUGCAAAUUUAAAAGUGUAUCUUGGUUCACUAACCGGUGGAGACGAUUUCAUUUUUGUCCCUCUCUUGGUGUAGAGAGCUAGUGUGUGGGUGAAGAGUUACCAUCGGUCUGCCCUUUUGACAACAUUGCAAAGUAUACUAGGCUGAGAGAACUUCAUUGUUAAGUGGAGAUUUGAAUACUCGCAUCUCCACCCCCCCACAGGGUUAGUAACAGGCUUACGUGAGACGUGUGUAUACAGUCUUAGGGUAUGGUGCCUUGUUCGACCUCUUCUUCAGGUUAUAGCCAAACUGAGCUUCAGUAUUCAUUAAUACCAUGUGGGUAUACAGCAUUAUUACCCAAAAAACAUACAACCAUUUUAUGAAUCUGUUCAGCACUGAACAUUAACUGUAAACAUGCAAUGGAACACUAAUAUGAGUAUGUAGUAUGUAUGUCAUAUGUAAUAUUACUUGUAUGUAAUAUGAGUAUGUAAAGAGGACUUGUGUAGGGAUCACAUUGGGUCAUACCAAACAACUCAUUGUCCUAGUUAGUACUGUUAUUUCAUAUACUUAUUAGUGAUCUGGGGCCUUAAGAAUAUAAAAGCUGAAAAUAAGAGUUGCUGGUUUCCUUUGAGCUUAUAGUGUCCUUGGGACUUCUGACACUUAUAGAACUGAACUCUUGCAAAAUAAAAAGACUGAGAUUUU